ACCCCUAUGGACCUACGGCUGUUCUUCAGCAUCAGAGCCUGUGCAAGACGACUCAAAACUCAAGACUGCUUUUGUAUUCCGACAAAUACUGUGCGGGACCAUGGCAAGAAACAUGUCAACACCAGCUUCCACCAGCACGUCUGCGGAUACUACGAGGCUCGUGCAGUUCAAGUCGGUCUUGGUACAGCUGACUUUGGACUGGGACACUCUGGAAAUGGCCAUCAAGGCAGCAAUCGCGCCUGCCGCGCUCGUGUGUAUGAUUGAAGUGGACGCAUAUAUCAAUUAUUUCACCACAAAUGCUUACUUGGCUGCGAUCAUGGCGGCGUCUGCGCUGCCGUCUCUACCGCAGGCAAAGCUUAUCGAGUACAACCUCCAACUCGCAUUUGCCACGGUCGUGACAUACUGCUGGGCAUUGCUUGCCGGCUGGUCUUCACUGCAGGCCAGGAAACACACUACAUAUAGCAGUGGGGAGCUGGCAGCCUACAACUCCUCAGCUGAAGCCGUGGUCGCCAUUUUCCUGAUAUUUAUCAUCUGGUGUGUGUUUACCCUAAAGUCUGCCUAUCCUUCUUGGAACCUCCAAUGCACCUUGGCUGGCAUCUAUGCUGUUGCGGCAAUGCCUGCUGUUGCUCAAGUUACUACUAUAACGCAAGUCAUUGCUAGUACCACCAAAGUCUUGGAGGCUUUUCUGGCAGGGCAGGCCGCCGGCUUCAUCACUGGCCUUGUCAUAUUCCCGACGAGUUGCAGAGGGGUAUUCAAAAGGGACGUAAAGGCCGUUCUUGAUGCGUUGGCCGCUAUUAUGCGGGCUCAAGGAAAAUGCAUGGACGAUUUUAGGUCAAACGAGAUAUCUGCAGAAGGCGAAGCAGAAAGGAGCUCAUCUGUCCGUCAACUUGAAGAGGCUCAGCAACGGUUCAUAAAUUCCAUUGUUAAGGCUCGUAAAGACGUCAAGUACGCAGAGCGUGAGGUAUCUUGGGAUCGUCUUGUUGGCUCAGACCUGGAGUAUAUUGCCUCGUUGUUGGUCGACCUAAUUCCACCUGCGUCCGGUUUAAGCUCCACAGCACACAUGCUGCAGCUGGCUGCAGAAGGCUGCCAUUCGCACAAUGGUGCCAAUGCGACAAAUGGCCGUGAUGCGGGAAAUGACACCUCGGAUGACGAGAAAGACUGGCAUGACCUUGAAGUAGCAAUGCAUCAGCAUUCACUCAGGAUAUCCGAGGCAAUCAUGGACGGGGCAGAGCACGGCAAACUCAGAUUGGAUCGGACCCUGGGCUGUUCUUUGCUUGGCAGGGUUCGUGCGAAAGAGACUGACGAAGAGCGCCGGGGGAGCUCCAUGAUUCCGGGAACAGCCAGCUUUCUCAGCUCUUACCGUGACGUCUUCUCCAGCUCUAGUGUUCCGGAUCAGCAGGACCACGGCGCUAGAGAAGAGCAGCUGCUCUACAAUUACAUACGGAACAGACCACAAGUUGAAUAUUGGGAUCACGCCGCGCCUGAGGCGUAUUCCAAUACCCUGCGCUAUUUCCUGUUACUCCAUUUUCAAACCCUGCUUUCGUCUCUUGGAAACGAACUACUCCAACUCCUGGUUUUCCUCGAGGAAUGCAAUACGAAACCCAAGCGCCUACGCCUUCCUCGUGCAAGUAGCCUUGUUCGCUUCAUCCUCUGGCCCAAAACAAUGGUCCGCCCACAAUUGUGCCGGCAAGAGAGUGCCGACGCUGAAGCGGAUGUUAAACUUGGCCCUGCAUUCUAUAAUCAAAGGGACCCUGACCAUCUCCCACCUGUCAACCUGGUUCAGUCUGUUGGAGACAGGAUUCGCAAAAUCAGCUCCGCCCUGCGCACCGAUCAUGCUGCCUAUGGUCUUCGAGGCGUCUGUGCCAUAAUGACCAUCGCUAUCAUCUCCUUCCUCCAUGACUCGCAGACCUUCUACUUCGAACACCAAUUUCUCUGGGCCAUGUUUGCCAUUUUACUCUCCAUGGGCCGCACUGCUGGAUCGUCGACCUUUCUUUUAUUGUGCCGCAUACUGGGGACAAUCCUUUCCAUGAUAGCCUGCUACCUCAUCUGGUACAUUCCCGAUCAAAAAACCCCGGGGAUUCUGGUUUUCCUCUGGCUUUGGUUCACCGUCAUUGGCUACUUCUUUGUUCGGUUCCCAGGUUUUUCCAGUAUAUGGUUCGUAGCCCUCAUAGCCGCAAUCGUUAUGAUAGCCAGUGAGCUUCAAGAUCGCCAACUGGGGCAAGAAACCGUCUCAAAAGCCGGACUUGUGGUCUACGCGCCAUAUAUAAUCUUCCCCUACCGACUUGCUGUCGUAACUAUUGGUGUCCUUAUUGGGUACUUCUGGACAAUUAUCCCAUAUCCACUGUCCGAACACUAUGAGCUCCGCCAGGACGUUGCAAAGUCCAUGUACAUGCUCGCCAACUUCUACACGUGCAUCCGCCAAAUAAUCUUUGCCCGUAUUCACGGCACUGCCGGCAAUCCCAGUGAUAAGGCCAGCCCUGGCUUCCACCUGCAAGGGGCUCGCCGCUGUGUCUUCCACCAAUACCAGACACUGGUGAGCAGCGGCAAGAAGUACUUCCAGUUCCUAGAUUGGGAAUUUGCUCUCGGCGGAAGCUUCCCCAAGCGAGUUUACGGCGAGAUUCUUCUCAUAAUAGAGCGUUUGGGCGGCUACAUGACUUUAACAGGGUAUGCGUCUCGCUCACUUAACCGCUCUCCUGGCCCGUCUCCCUGGUGGACUGCCGACCAGACCGGAACAGUCGAGAGCUGUGUCGCUCUGGAUGGCAUCGCUACCAGGCUGAUCAUCCUACAUUCUGCAUUGGUUGGCAGCCACGCCUUGCCACCGCAGCUUAGGAAGUUUGAAAUCCCGGACCUGAGGGACUUCCUGCGCAAGGAGAUACCCUCUGACGAAGGAUUUGCCGCGGCAGCCCUUAUUCGCAGCGUCAACUGGUAUAUGACUCGGGAUCUAAAUCGGCUCACGCAGCUGGUGGAGGAGCUCGUAGGGGAGCUUGACUUUUCCGUUACUGUUGACCCGGAGACAUUAACAUCUUCAAAUGCCGGUUGAUAUGGCGGACUUGCUUACUAUGACAUUAGGCUUCUUCAUUCUAGAUCAGCGCAAAAAUUCAACUUUGAAGAAGCCGUCUGGCCAUG